AGUCUUAUCAUUUCUGAUCAUAUCUACACUAACUGCUUAAGUAUUUGAAUCAACUGUCGGUGAAAUUUGAUUUAUGUAUCAGAAUGAAGGGUAGUCUGUUCUGAGUAUUAUUGAUCUAAAGGAAUAAAGACAUAAGGGUACAUAAUGAUCAUUAGUUCAUUGAAAUAUCAUAAAAUAUUUUAAACUAAUUAAGGCAUAUAUGAAACCGGAUGAUAAGUACUUGCUCAGAUGAUAAGAUCAGAAGUAACCAACUUUAUCUGCUGUUAUCUAUUGGUGUACAUAGUACCAUAAAGUUCCCUUCUUUAGUUGUGCUAAAUAAUCUGACAGGAAGAGAUGUAAAAGGAGGAUGUGACAACAGUCAAGAUGGAUGGCUAUCCUGUCAGCAUUACUGGAGAGGCCGUGAAGAUGGGGGGGUCUCGUUCCUUGGACCAGGUCUUACUUAACAUUGACCACAUUCAGCAGAGGCACACAUGGGACUGCGGGCUGGCAUGCAUUAUGAUGGUGCUUCCACCUCUGCAGCGCUCUAAGCUCUCUUCAAGUCUCUACCAGAUAUGUGAAGAGGAAGGCUUUGACAAGAGCACAUGGAGCAUCGACCUGGCUUACUUGCUACAGAGGUUUCAAAUAAGACACAGGUAUAAAACAGUCACUCUUGGCGUUGAUCCUGGAUUCUGCACAGAAAGCUUUUAUGAUCACGUCCUUCAUAAGGAUGCUCAGAGAGUCCUGGACCGGUUCCGUGAUGCCAGCAGGAAUGGUGUGGUGGUAGAGCAAGGGAGCAGCACCAUGAGUGAUAUUCUGGUCCACCUGCAACAGGAUGGACCGGUCAUAGUGCUUACCAAUGCCCACCUCCUCAUCUGCAACAGAUGCGAAAGGGCGAUGCCCCAACUGCGCUCCUGCCUCCCCUGCUCCCCUCCGUACCAGGGCCACUAUAUUCUCCUCAUUGGCUAUGACUUGAGGAAGAAUCACCUCUAUUACAGGAAUCCAUCUUUUAAGAAUCGCAUUUGUUCAAUCUCUUUUAGUAAGCUUGAUGAGGCUAGACAGAGUUAUGGCACAGAUGAGGAUGUUAUAUUUAUUUACACUAGUCCAAAGCCUCAGGGGUCAUCUUGA